GUGCAACUGUCUUUGUCCCGCGGUUGCGCAGCGCCCAAAGCAGCCUAUACUUCUCAGUAAGCACCUGUUGCGCUCCCACCGUAGUGGCGCAUGUUCUAGGCAAUUCGGUUGCCCCACUGAUCCGUACCUAUUGCUUCGGGCGCUGCCAGCCCAAGCGCAAAGCCCGCACACUGCGUUCGCACUGUCACAACGCCUCCUGCUAGGGCGCUCGUGGCCCUGUGGAAGAUUGUGGGACCACACAUCCUUGACCCAUGCGCAGGCGCUUCAGCUCCUCAGGCCCCCCCGUCUCCGUGCGACACCGGAAACUCGCCCGCCCACUUUCCAACAGAGCCGCCUGGUAAAAAACAAAAACAAAACAAAACGCAUUUUAAUCAAACAACGCCACAGUUUCGCCACACACCGCGCCGCGGUACUGGGAAAUGUGGCCCAGCAGAACCUCGCCCUCGUCCUCAGUGUUCCCUGCUCUCGACCAUGCGGCUAA